ACCUUUCGCAGAUUUGUAUGAUAAAGUUUAGAACAUACAAUGAUGGUCUAUUAAUACUUUAUUUCACAAGAUUUUAUCAGAAAACAGAAUGAUAUUUAGAAUUGAAAUUUAACUGCGAAAAUGGUGGCUUAAAGACUAACAUAAUGGAUAAAUGGAAUUCAUGUGUACACUUCUAGAGAUACGGAACUUAUGUUAAUGGAUGGGGAAAUUGGAAAUAUUUGUAAUAACCAAAAUCGGUAACUACGAAGUGGCGAUGAUAAUAGUUUGUUCCCGUGUUUAGAGAUUUGAUUUUGUUUUAUAUUCAAGGACAGUUUAUGUUUUUAGUAUUGAAGGAAUAAACAAUAUUAGUGAUAUCGUGUGUAGAACAAAAAAGUUAAGAGAAAAUUCUAAGUCAUGUCUAAUCUGUAAAGAUUUGCGUUUGUUUAUAUAAUAGGAAAUCUGUGUUUAAUCAAGCAUUGGUGAACACUUGUAGUGUGUGAACAUCGGAGCCAGACCAAUGUGUCAACAGCAUUGCAGCUGCUAGUGAAUGUAAGUGUAGAUCAUACUCGGCCUAUUCGCUAAUUGGACCCAUUAUAAAUCUAGUACAAAUCCAGAUUCUGUGCCGACGAAAGACGGUGGGCGAAGGCCAGGGGUCCUCCGAAAGCAAACAAGUAAAUAACAACGUCAUUUUUCCGAUCUUCGAAAUACCGUGAAGGAAGAUCAACACCUUGCGCGGAAUCAUUGUUCCGCCAAGAACAUUCUUGUUGAACCACAUCCGGAAUCACCAUAACACGCAAGCAUCGUGGCGCAAAGGAAACGUCCGGCAAAAGCCGGCUGCAAGAUAUCAAUAUCGCUGAUCGGCAAUUGGAACAUCCGGAAAACUAUAGUAGCUCCCACAAGCGGCCGAACGCGGCUCGAAAGGACGGACGUCCAGUUGAGGGGCAGCUGACGCGCAGGAUGUUGCUGGAGGUGAACCUCGUGUCGCGUAUGGAGACAACGACUAUUGAACAAAUACACCGCCUCAAACAGCUCCAGCUAAAUAAUGUUGACCGACUUCCGGCUAUUAACAAGCUAUCGCGUGAACAAGGAUUCGCAAAGCCAUGCGCAUUUAAAGAGUACCGGUUCGAACCGCCGUACGUAUCCAAGCGGAAGGAGCGGAAACGGAAGAAGCUGCCGCCGAUACCUGAACUGAUGAUGCCGAAGCGCCACAAUAGUUUUGACGAGGAGUUAGAGGAGGACUUGGACAUAGUGUCGGACAUACCAACCCUCCCGUCGCUCUCCAUUUCGCCUGCAUUUAUAACAGAAAAGGUCGAUGAGCGGUCGCUGUCUGUUGAGGCUGCGACAAAGAGCCCUCACAAUCAUAUGUUCAAUACGCGCGAGUUCACCUUUCCGGAGUCACACGGCGCCUACCGGAAACGGCCACAGCAUUCUUUACUGCAACCCAUCGUUCCGGCACUGACGCCUCGAGACAUUCCUCUUCAGGCGAAGAUAGAGAAACUCGCAAAACAGAAACGGCGGGAGCGGGCUAAACGGUUGAUUGAACGUCGCUACGAGAGAAAACAUCAAAAUUUAGCGGAAAUGCAAUCCCCUACUGCGUAUAUGGCCUUCCGGCCAAGAAGAGAACCGGAAGUGACGUCAUCGUUCCACUUAAAAGAACACAAACAAACACCUUUCAAACAAAUGGUGCCAAAAACUGAAGAGGCCCCCAGUGAAAAGCCUCGUUUUCACCCACGACUUUACAACCGUAUAGUUGACGGCAUUUACACGUACACGAAGGGAUUACAUGACUCCCCGCGGCAAGCGGAACAUCCGGGGCCGUAUGAGCGCCUCAUGGUCACACCGGUCACCGCUAAGGAAGAAGUGAAGGAAGAGGCACAAAGACAGAUAUAUCUCCCGCCAAUUGUCUCUGAUUAAACAAAUAGAUCUGACAACAAAUAUUGAAAUAUAAUGUGAUAAAAUUCCUUGUACGGUACAUGUUCACCAAUACUUUGUCGUUUCCUCGCGGCAUUUAAUCAUGAUAAUGUUCCACCAAGAUGUCCUUUAGGCCACACCAAAUUGAUGAUUUAUCUUAUACCUUAUUUAAUUUUUAGAAAGAGGAAAAAAAGAAAUAUUUUUAACGACCGCUCCGUUAGCUGGAAAAGAAAAAAAAAACACGAAAUCUUUCAACCAAUUUACUUACAUUAAAACAUUAAAUUGGUGCGGCCUUCGACGUUCUUAAAGGAGUAAGCCUCAGAGGAUUGCGACAAUCUUGAUUCAAGGUUUCAAUAUAGCAGAAAAGGGACGUGUUAGACUAUUACCUAUGUUUGUGUUGUCUAGUCGGAUAGUACAGAAAGCAGAACAUGAAGUCGAAUAAAACCUUAAAUUAGUCGGGAAAUAAGUCUUUAUCACUUUCUUAGGCGUUAUACCUAUUGCAUUUUGUUCUUUGUUUUUGUUAGAAUAACAAUUCAAUUUGUUUAUUCGUAAAUACGAUGAUCCUUUGAUGAGUCUUUGUAAAAAGUUAUCUUGUUUGCCGUAGUACGUUGUUGUUGUUGAUUAUGUUUGCAUUUCUGAAGAAAAUGAAAUAAAAUGCA